CCGGAAGCGACUGCCGGGGUACCCUAGAAGGAUGGCGAGGGGUGGACUCUGAAGCAGGGAGGGGUGGGCUGCGCUGAAGGCGGAUCCGGAGUCGGAUCCCGGGCGAGAGCCGGAGCAGUGAGUCCGCGUAUUGACGAGCUCAGGCUGGCGGCGGGUCACGGCUUUCGCGAGGACCCACCUCACGUUCCUCCGGGGCGCGGCGGAUGCUGCAGCUACCAUGUCCACGCAGCGGCUUCGGAAUGAGGACUACCAUGACUACAGCUCCACUGACGUGAGUCCAGAGGAAAGCCCGUCCGAAGGCCUAAGCAACUUCUCCUCCUCAGGCUCCUACCAGCGUUUUGGGGAAAGCAACGGCACAACAUGGUUCCAGACCUUGAUCCACCUGUUAAAAGGCAACGUUGGCACAGGACUCCUGGGGCUGCCUCUAGCGGUGAAAAAUGCAGGCAUCUUGAUGGGUCCCCUCAGCCUGCUGCUGAUGGGCAUCGUGGCCGUGCACUGCAUGGGUAUCCUGGUGAAAUGUGCUCACCAUUUCUGCCACAGACUGAACAAACCCUUUGUGGACUAUGGGGAUACAGUGAUGUAUGGACUAGAAUCUAGCCCCAGCUCCUGGCUCCGGAACCAUGCCCACUGGGGAAGGCACAUUGUGGACUUCUUCCUGAUUGUCACUCAGCUGGGAUUCUGCUGUGUGUAUUUUGUAUUCCUGGCUGAUAAUUUCAAACAGGUGAUAGAAGCAGCCAACGGGACCACCAACAAUUGCCACAACAAUGAGACAGUGAUUCUGACACCCACCAUGGACUCAAGACUCUACAUGCUCAGCUUCCUGCCCUUCCUGGUGCUGCUGGUUUUCAUCAGGAACCUCCGAGCCCUGUCCAUCUUCUCCUUUUUGGCCAACAUCAGCAUGCUGGUCAGCCUGGUCAUGAUCUACCAAUUCAUUGUUCAGAGAAUCCCAAACCCCAGUCACCUUCCCUUGGUGGCGUCCUGGAAUACCUACCCACUGUUCUUCGGUACAGCCAUUUUUGCCUUUGAAGGAAUUGGGAUGGUUCUGCCCCUGGAAAACAAAAUGAAGGAUCCCCGGAAAUUUCCCCUCAUCCUGUACUGUGGGAUGGCCAUCGUCACCGCCCUCUACAUCAGUCUGGGGUGUCUGGGGUACCUGCAAUUUGGAGUUCACAUCCAAGGCAGCAUAACCCUCAACCUGCCCAACUGCUGGUUGUACCAGUCAGUCAAGCUGCUCUACUCCGUUGGCAUCUUCUUUACCUACGCCCUCCAGUUCUACGUCCCUGCGGAAAUCGUCAUCCCCUUUUUUGUGUCUCGAGUGCCAGAGCAUUGUGAGUUAGUGGUAGAUCUGUUCAUCCGCACAGUCCUCGUCUGCCUGACAUGCAUCUUGGCCAUCCUCAUCCCCCGCCUGGACCUGGUCAUCUCCCUAGUGGGCUCCGUGAGCAGCAGCGCCCUGGCCCUCAUCAUCCCGCCCCUCCUGGAGAUCACCACCUACUACUCAGAGGGCAUGAGCCCCUUCACCAUUGCCAAGGACGCCCUUAUCAGCAUCCUGGGCUUUGUGGGCUUCAUCGCGGGCACUUACCAGGCCCUCUAUGAGCUCAUCCAGCCAAGCAAUGCUCCCAUUGUCAUCAACUCCACCAGUGCCUUUGUAUAGGAUCUCGGUGCAUCCUCUGCACUGGCCAACCCCACCCCUAUGUGUCCCCCCAGUACCUGUUCUCAGAGCUUCAGGUAAGCUCCAGGCUCUGGGGAAGACCAGGUUGCUGCCUGGGAACCCUCUACUUAGAACCUGCUACGCUGGGCCAGGUAGGCUGAGGGCAGAGGAGGGUGUGGGUAGCUGAUUCACAGGAGGUACCACAAGUGACAGUGCUGUCACUGUUCACUUUUACAUGUUUUAACCCAGAACUUGUCAGCUCUUCAUCAUGCCUCUUCCCUUCCUACCAGCCUCCUCCCUUCUGACCCACUUCCCCCAAAUCAUUCCUGUCUAACUGCUCGCUAUAUUUAAAAAUUUUAGUGUCCCCACCUCUUAUUUUCUCCUCUUGGGCCGGGCUUGGAUUAUAUAAGUAGGAACUCUCCCUCUUCAUAAAGCCAGGUCUAUUGCUUUCUUAUCUCUCUCCCAAAUAUUUUACCUCAAUAUUCUCUUCCCAAUUCACUCUCCAAGGUGGGGCUGGACCUACCUAGUAGUUUACUCCCCAAUGCUGGAGUUUUUAAUCUUAACUCUCUCUGGCUUGAUGUGACCCUUAGGACAACACUUUCUCUUCUCACAGUCCUUCAUUGUGGGUCACGAUACUGUUAUAUUCUUAGCUGCUUUAGCUCUUAAAAGAUAGAAAGUACUGCCUAAAUUGAAAACAUUUAUAUUUUAUUUAAAAUCAGCUUUGUGUUUUUAGACUCUGUCUCUACAUCUGGGUUUAUGAUGAAUUGUUUCUUCCUGAGUAAUCUUACUCAGCCACUCCUGCUAAAAAGAAAAUUACUCCAGGAAAUGUUUGCUUAGAUUCUCAGCACUCUUGGCUGGGUACCUCAAAGAUCUGAAUCAGGACUAACCUCAAUGUGUACCUCUGUGGGGAGGCAUGGAUUUUGCCUCCCAUUGACCAGCCUGAGAAGUAUCGGAGCCUGAGAAAUUAUCGAAGGACUCAGGAAGUACUUGCAAUGCACUAGGCCAAGGGACAGGAUAGCCAGGUUGGAUGUGUCUGUCACAGGAAGCUUAGAAAAUGCCUGGUUUGUGUGUUCAGGCGUCUUCACAGCCUUAGCCUGUGACAAGAGAAAGGAAUGGCUGCGUUCAGUUGCCGUCACCCCGAGAGGACACCCACUCUGUUGCCGUGGGUGAGCAGUUGGUUAUUGCGUACAGA